CUCAUGACCCAUAGUUUUGUGGUGGGCUUCUCCCCUCUACCUUUUAUUUUUCGUCUCGCCCUUCCCUUUCUUCCUUCUUUUUCCUCCUUUUUCGUCGCCUUCUCCCUCCUUCUCUGCUCUCUCUCGCUCCUCCAUGGGAUUGUCGAAGAUCGGAUCGAUUUCUUUUGGUUGUCGGCUCUUCGUUGAAAUCGUGAACUGAUGGUCGUCGGAUUUGAAAGUUGAGGAGGAUUUGGAAGCGGCUUCUGGCAGGUGUCGACGAUAUUGGUUGUCUUUGGCCGUGUUCCUGAGACACGGAUUUGAGAGGAAUCUUCUUCUUCGUGAGCGAGUUUUCGGUGGUUAAAUGUUAUCUCUGGCCAAUCACUGAGGGGUCCUCUAUGUUGCGGAGGAGGAUCCCGUUGCGGGAGGUAACUUAAAUUAGCGCCGUGCUUACUUCGCGUCCUUGAAGAGACAAAAAUUGAAUUGUGAGAGUUGGUUGUUUGACCAAAGGCUGGAAAUUGCAAUAUUGUAUAAGAGGUGAAGGGACUCGAAGGGGGGGUUAGUUUACCUUGGUCUAGCCGUUUGAGUGAUUUGGGCAGAAAUGAUUUCUCAGAUCACAGAAAAUUCUCAUGUGGGAGCUGGUGUUGCUGGCGGUAUGCUAUCACCCACACGAUUUGUGUGGCCUUAUGGUGGGAGAAGGGUCUUUGUAACCGGCUCUUUCACAGGAUGGUCAGAACAUGUACCCAUGUCUCCCGUGGAGGGUUGUCCUACGGUGUUUCAGGUCAUUUGCAGAUUGUCACCAGGGUUACAUCAGUAUAAGUUUUAUGUUGAUGGUGAGUGGAGGCAUGACGAACACCAACCUUUCGUAACUGGAAACUACGGGCUAGUCAACACUAUCUAUAUACUUCCUGAGGCUAAUCCUCUGGCUGCAUUACCAAGCCCUGGGACUCCUAACGUCAGAAUGGGAAUGGAUGUUGACAACGAAACCUUUCAGCAUGAUCAGGAAGCAUUAUUAGAAGGAACCAUACAAGGUGGUUCUGCUAAGAUUUCGGAGGAGGAUAUUAAAACAUCCCGCGUUCGUAUUUCUCUGUUCUUGUCGUCACAUACAGCUUAUGAUUUACUUCCUGACUCUGGAAAGGUCAUUGCACUUGAUGUUAAUUUGCCUGUAAAGCAGGCCUUUCAUAUUCUCUAUGAACAGGGAAUUUCUGUAGCUCCGCUCUGGGAUUCCCUGAGGUGUCAAUUUGUAGGAGUACUUAGUGCUCUUGAUUUUAUUUUAAUUCUGCAAGAGCUUGGAAAUCGAGGCUCAAAUCUUAGAGAGGAAGAACUGGAGACACAUACAAUAUCUGCUUGGAAAGAGGGGAAGCAUCAGCUUUUGGGGCAGUUAGACAAUCAUGGCAGGCCACUUCAAAGUCACAUAAUCCAUGUUGGCCCUUAUGAUUCCUUAAAAGAUGUAGCCGUAACGAUUCUGCAAAAUGAAGUAUCUACUGUUCCAAUUAUGCACCCAUCGGCGCAAGAUGGUUCUUUCCCGCAAUUAUUGCAUCUUGCUUCUCUUUCAGGGAUUCUGAAAUGUAUUUGCAGACACUUUAGGCACUCUAUUAGUUCUUUACCUAUUCUACAACAACCUAUUUGUAAAAUACCUUUGGGUACUUGGGAUCCACGAAUUGAGGACCAAAGUGGCCGUCCAUUAGUGAUGUUAAGGCGAAGCGGGUCACUUAGUUUGGCCCUUUCUCUUUUGAUUCAAGCUAAGGUUAGUUCAAUCCCCAUAGUUGAUGAAAAUGACUCCUUCAUGGAUAUAUAUUCCAGAAGUGAUAUCACAGCAUUAGCUAAAGACAGAAUUUAUGCGCAAAUACACCUUGAUAAAAUGAGUAUUCAGCAGGCACUACAACUUGGGCAUGAUGCACCGUCUUCUCAAGGGGGUUUUGAUGGCCAGCGAUGCCAGAUGUGCCUCCGCACUGAUCCUUUGCUGAAAGUGAUGGAAAGAUUGUCAAAUCCUGGGGUGAGGCGUGUUAUCAUUGUUGAGGCUGGAAGCAAGCGCGUGGAAGGAAUAAUUUCACUGAGUGAUGUAUUCAAAUUCCUGCUUUCCUAGUGAAACUCAACUGCUUCUGAGCAAGUGAGGCUGCUGCAAGAACAUCACUUUUUUGGGUGAACAUCGUUGUUUCAGCCAGUCAUCUGCGAUUUAUUUCAUUGGAUAGGCCUCGGUGGUUAGAAGGCUACAGGGGUCUGUAAAUGUUUAGGAUGUUCAAUUUUCUUUUCUUUUUCCCUUUUAGUAUCCGCUGAUUAUCAAUUGAUGUUCAAUACUCCCAUCAUGUGGGCAUAUAAGUGUUAUCAUGUUCUAUUUUCUGCACAGAAAUAUUACUAACAGGUAGGCAUGAAGUGUGGAAAGAAUGUUGUUCAAUCUGAUCUUUUUAGUUGUAUCA